ACAUCCCAUGGCUGCUUAUUUGCAACAAAGAAAUGCAGAAAUUUUCUUGAGAAAAAAAGUGAGACGUCUAAUCUAUCAGACUGUACAAGACAAGUUGCAAGUGAUUGGAAUGGAAAUUGCAGAGGAAGCAAGAGGAAAUGCCCCUGGAAAGAUCAUUCAUGCAGAUGGAGUGGUAGUAGCUUGUGAUGUUAGGGGAAUUCAAAGAUUGUUGCCUCAAGAAUUGAGAAAGUUUCCUGAAUUGGACGGGAUCUUUCGUUUAGAAACGGUUCCAGUCAUUACAGUUCAACUUCGAUUCGAUGGAUGGGUUACCGAAUUGGAUCGUAACAAAGUAGCUUUUAGAGGAAUCGAUAAUCUGUUGUAUUCUGCAGAUGCUGAUUUUUCUUGCUUUGCAGAUCUUGCUCUAACCUCGCCAGAAACGUAUUACAAACCAGGAGAAGGAUCAUUGUUACAAUUGGUUAUCACACCCGGCGAUAAAUAUAUGCGCUGCAACAAUGAAAACUUAAAAUGUGUUUGGUCUUCAGUAGUCAAGCUAGGACAUUCCUUAUACAAGGAAGCACCUAAUUGCGAUGUUUGGAGGCCGAAACAAGAGACUCCAAUUUCUAGAUUAUUUUUAGCUGGAAGUUACACUUCGCAGGAUUAUAUAGACAGCAUGGAAGGUGCAGUCAAGUCGGGUAGAUUAGCUGCAGAAGUUGUUUCAAAAAGAAUACCGAUAAACAGGAACAAAGAUAUAUAAAAACAAUGAAUGUCAUAUCUAUGUUUUUUUGUGAUGCUUUGUCAAGAAUGUUUUUUAAAAAUUUUUGCGUUGUCUCCAAAAUAAAUUCACAGCACUAAAA